GUCUGCUGGUGCUGAAGGACCUGGGCAUCCAGGUGGAUCGUUACAUCGCCUCCGAGGUGUGCGAGGACUCCAUCACCGUGGGCAUGGUCAGGCACCAGGGCAAGAUCAUGUACGUCGGGGACGUCAGGAAUGUCACCCAGAAACACAUACAGGAGUGGGGUCCCUUCGACCUGGUGAUCGGGGGCAGCCCCUGCAACGACCUCUCCAUCGUCAACCCGGCCAGGAAGGGCCUUUACG